AUGCCAUCGCGACAAGGACGAAAUCGCAACUGCGGUGAACGCCGUAUGUAUCCACAGGCAAACCUACCUGGUUAUUGUGGUUGCGGAGCAGGAGGCGAUGAACAUGACAAGGACGCACAAGAACCUUCAUCGUGUGAGUGCGGAGAGGAGUCCAUGCUUAUGGAUGCGACACCGAUUGCCGCUGUCCCCGGAACCACAACAGAACAGCAAGCAGUUAGCGAUGAUGACGAAGAAGAACUGCCUACGUAUUCGCAGGACGAGGGAGACUCUUAG